AUGUCGGCUCCGGUCGGGCCGCGGGGCCGCCCGGCUCCCACCCCGGCGGCCUCCCAGCCGCCUCCGCAGCCCGAGAUGCCCGACCUCAGCCACCUCACGGAGGAGGAGAGGAAGAUCAUCCUGGCUGUCAUGGAUCGGCAGAAGAAAGAAGAGGAGAAGGAGCAGUCGGUGCUCAAGGUCAAAGAAGAACACAAACCACAACCGACACAGUGGUUUCCCUUUAGUGGGAUCACUGAACUGGUAAAUAACGUCCUUCAGCCCCAGCAAAAACAACAAAAUGAAAAGGAGCCCCAGACAAAACUUCAUCAGCAGUUCGAAAUGUAUAAGGAGCAGGUGAAGAAGAUGGGAGAAGAAUCACAGCAGCAGCAAGAACAGAAGGGCGAUGCUCCCACCUGUGGUAUCUGCCACAAAACCAAGUUUGCGGAUGGAUGUGGCCAUAACUGUUCAUAUUGCCAAACCAAGUUCUGUGCUCGUUGCGGAGGUCGAGUGUCUUUACGCUCAAACAAGGAGGACAAAGUGGUUAUGUGGGUAUGCAAUUUGUGCCGAAAACAACAAGAAAUCCUCACUAAGUCAGGAGCCUGGUUCUAUAAUAGUGGACCUAAUACCCCACAGCAACCUGAUCAAAAGGCUCUCCGAGGACUGCGGAAUGAGGAGGCGCCUCAGGAGAAGAAGGCAAAACUGCACGAGCAGGCCCAGUUCCAAGGACCCUCAGGUGACUUAUCUGUACCUGCCGUGGAGAAAAGUCGAUCUCAUGGGCUCACAAGACAGGAUUCUAUUAAAAAUGGGUCAGGAGUGAAGCACCAAAUUGCCAGUGACAUAGCGUCAGACAGGAAAAGGAGUCCGUCAGUGUCCAGAGAUCAGAACAGGAGAUACGACCCGAGGGAAGAAAGGGAGGAAUAUUCACAGUAUGCUCCUGCGGACAGCGCCAUGCCCAGGUCUCCAUCCGAUUAUGCCGACCGGCGGCCUCAGCGCGAACCCCAGUUUUACGAAGAGUCUGAUCACCUAAAUUACCGGGACCCCAACAGGAGAGGUCACAGGCAUUCCAAAGACUACAUGGUCGAUGACGAGGAGGACGUGGAGAGCAGAGACGAAUAUGACAGGCAGAGGAGGGAGGAGGAGUACCAGGCGCGCUAUCGCAGCGACCCCAAUCUGGCCCGUUACCCGGUCAAGCCACAGCCCUACGAGGAACAGAUGCGCAUCCACGCCGAAGUGUCCCGAGCGCGGCACGAGCGGAGACACAGCGACGUCUCUUUGGCCAACGCUGAGCUGGAGGACUCCAGGAUUUCCAUGCUGAGGAUGGAGCGGCCGUCAAGGCAGAGGUCUGUGUCCGAACGCAGGGCCGCCAUGGAAAACCAGCGGUCUUACUCCACGGAGAGAACUCGAGAGGCCCCGGGGCCCGGUUCGUAUCCGCAAAGGACCACAAACCACAGCCCUCCCACCCCGCGCAGGAGCCCCAUACCCAUCGACAGACCCGACGUGAGGCGCGCCGCCGACUCCCUAAGGAAGCAGCACCACUUGGACCCCAGCUCGGCCGUGCGGAAAACCAAACGGGAAAAGAUGGAGACGAUGCUCAGGAACGAUUCUCUCAGCUCCGACCAGUCCGAGUCCGUGAGACCGCCCCCGCCGAGGCCCCACAAGUCCAAGAAAGGAGGUAAAAUGCGCCAGGUGUCACUGAGCAGCUCGGAGGAGGAGCUCGCUUCCACGCCCGAAUACACCAGCUGCGAUGAUGUGGAGAUUGAAAGCGAGAGUGUGAGUGAAAAAGGGGACAGUCAAAAGGGAAAAAGAAAAACUAGUGAGCAGGCAGUUUUGUCGGACUCUAACACCAGGUCUGAGAGACAAAAGAAAAUGAUGUGCUUUGGUGGCCACUCUUUGGAAGAGGAUUUGGAAUGGUCCGAGCCUCAGAUUAAGGACUCUGGGGUAGAUACCUGUAGUAGCACAACCCUUAACGAGGAGCAUAGCCAUAGCGAGAAGCACCCUGUGACAUGGCAGCCAUCUAAAGAUGGAGAUCGCUUGAUUGGUCGUAUCUUAUUAAACAAGCGUCUGAAAGACGGAAGUGUGCCUCGAGAUUCAGGAGCCAUGCUUGGCUUGAAGGUUGUAGGAGGAAAGAUGACUGAAUCAGGUCGGCUCUGUGCAUUUAUUACCAAAGUGAAAAAAGGAAGUUUAGCUGAUACUGUAGGACAUCUUAGGCCAGGUGAUGAAGUGUUAGAAUGGAAUGGAAGGCUGUUGCAAGGAGCCACUUUUGAAGAAGUGUAUAACAUCAUUCUGGAAUCCAAACCUGAACCACAGGUGGAGCUUGUUGUUUCAAGGCCUAUUGGAGAUAUACCUAGAAUACCUGAUAGCACACAUGCACAACUGGAGUCCAGUUCUAGCUCAUUUGAAUCUCAAAAAAUGGAUCGUCCUUCUAUUUCCGUUACCUCUCCCAUGAGUCCUGGCAUGUUGCGAGAUGUUCCACAGUUUUUAUCUGGACAACUUUCAAGCCAAAGCCUUAGUAGAAGAACAACGCCUUUUGUUCCUAGGGUUCAGAUAAAACUAUGGUUUGACAAGGUUGGUCACCAACUAAUAGUUACAAUUUUGGGAGCAAAGGAUCUCCCUUCCAGGGAAGAUGGGAGGCCAAGGAAUCCUUACGUUAAAAUUUACUUUCUUCCAGACAGAAGUGAUAAAAACAAAAGAAGAACGAAAACUGUAAAGAAAACAUUGGAACCCAAAUGGAACCAAACAUUCAUUUAUUCUCCAGUCCACCGAAGAGAAUUUCGGGAACGAAUGUUGGAGAUUACCCUUUGGGAUCAAGCUCGAGUUCGAGAGGAAGAAAGUGAAUUCUUAGGAGAGAUUUUAAUUGAAUUAGAAACAGCAUUAUUAGAUGAUGAGCCACAUUGGUACAAACUUCAGACCCAUGAUGUCUCUUCCUUCCCACUUCCCCAUCCUUCUCCCUACAUGCCACGAAGACAGCUCCAUGGAGAGAGCCCAACGCGGAGGUUGCAAAGAUCAAAGAGAAUAAGUGACAGUGAAAUCUCUGACUAUGACUGUGAUGAUGGAAUUGGUGUGGUGUCAGAUUAUCGACACAAUGGCCGAGAUCUUCAAAGCUCAACUUUAUCAGUGCCAGAACAAGUAAUGUCAUCCAACCAUUGUUCACCAUCAGGGUCUCCUCACCGAGGAGAUGUUAUAGGAAGGACUAGAUCGUGGUCACCCAGUGUCCCUCCUCCACAAAGUCGGAAUGUGGAACAGGGACUUCGAGGGACACGCUCUACUACUGGCCAUUAUAACACAAUUAGCCGAAUGGAUAGACAUCGUGUCAUGGAUGAUCAUUAUUCUCCAGACAGAGACAGUCACUUUCUUACUCUACCUCGCUCCAGAUACAGUCAGACCAUUGACCGUCAUCACAGGGAUGGCAGGGAUUGUGAAGCAGCAGAUAGACAGCCCUAUCACAGAUCCAGAUCAACAGAACAGCGGCCUGUCCUAGAGCGGACCACCGCCCGCUCCAGAUCCACUGAGCGUCCUGACACAAACCUCAUGAGGUCGAUGCCUUCAUUAAUGACCGGAAGAUCUGCCCCUCCUUCACCUGCCUUAUCGAGGUCUCAUCCCCGGACUGGGUCUGUCCAAACAAGCCCAUCCAGUACUCCGGUGGCAGGGCGAAGGGGCCGGCAACUUCCGCAGCUUCCACCAAAGGGCACCCUGGACAGAAACAAUGGAGUCAAGGAGAUAGAACCUUGUGAAGACGUGGACCCCACCCGGAGAAGGCAUGCAGGUGCUAUGGAUAUAGAGGAGAGAAAUCGCCAAAUGAAAAUUAACAAAUACAAACAGGUAGCCGGAUCAGAUCCCAGACUGGAACAAGAUUACCAUUCAAAGUACCGAUCAGGAUGGGAUCCUCAUAGAGGGGCAGAUAAUAUUUCCACUAAAUCUUCGGACAGUGAUGUAAGUGAUAUAUCUGCGGUUUCCAGGACUAGUAGUGCUUCUCGUUUCAGCAGCACAAGCUACAUGUCCGUCCAAUCAGAACGGCCCAGAGGAAGCAAGAAAAUCAGUGUCUUUACAUCCAAAAUGCAAAGCAGACAAGCGGGCGCCUCGGGGAAGAACAUGACCAAGAGCACCAGCAUCAGCGGAGACCUGUGCUCGCUGGAGAAGAACGAGGGCAGCCAGUCGGACACGGCGGUGGGCGCCCUGGGCCCCGGCGGCCACAAGCGGCGCUCCAGCAUCGGGGCCAAAAUGGUAGCUAUUGUUGGUCUGUCCCGGAAAAGUCGCAGCGCCUCUCAGCUCAGCCAGACGGAGGCAGGCGGUAAGAAGCUGCGGAGCACGGUGCAGAGAAGCACAGAGACAGGCCUGGCCGUGGAGAUGAGGAACUGGAUGACUCGCCAGGCGAGCCGGGAGUCCACCGACGGCAGCAUGAACAGCUACAGCUCCGAAGGAAAUCUGAUCUUCCCUGGUGUCCGCUUGGCCUCUGACAGCCAGUUCAGCGAUUUUCUGGAUGGCCUUGGCCCUGCCCAGCUAGUGGGGCGCCAGACUCUGGCUACACCUGCAAUGGGUGACAUUCAGGUGGGAAUGAUGGACAAAAAGGGACAGUUGGAGGUGGAGAUCAUCCGGGCCCGUGGCCUUGUUGUCAAACCAGGUUCCAAGACACUGCCAGCACCAUACGUAAAGGUGUACCUACUGGAUAAUGGAGUCUGCGUAGCCAAAAAGAAAACAAAAGUGGCACGAAAAACGCUGGAACCCCUAUACCAGCAGCUGUUAUCUUUCGAAGAAAGUCCCCAAGGAAAGGUUUUACAGAUCAUUGUCUGGGGGGAUUAUGGCCGCAUGGAUCACAAAUCUUUCAUGGGAGUGGCCCAGAUACUUUUAGAUGAACUGGAACUGUCCAACAUGGUGAUUGGAUGGUUCAAACUUUUCCCCACGUCCUCCCUCGUAGAUCCAACCUUGGCCCCUCUGACAAGAAGAGCAUCCCAGUCAUCUCUGGAAAGUUCAACGGGACCUUCUUACUCUCGUUCAUAGCAGCUGUAAAACUGUUGUCAUAGCAACCAGCGUUACAAAAAAAAAAAAAAA